AGUAAAUGCUGUGGUGAAUUUAAAUCAGAUACCUUUCGGUCAAGGUCACGUCUGUGUUAUCGCUCACUUUUAAGCUUGAAUGCACAUAAUAGUCACUGGUUUCGGGCUUUAUGGAAGCUGCGAAUACAAUUCUAGUUCGUUGGCUGUCAAUCGUUUGAAACAAAUUUGGAAUAAAACGUAUACUGAUGCUUGUACUGGCAUAAAACUACACACAAUAGAGAAUGUUCCUGUUACGUAUGAAGCUGUUGACCAAUGCGUUAAUUCUAUCUGGAAAGAAAACCCUGAUUUAGUGAUACAUGUCGGUAUGGAUACCAGUGUGACGAUGCCAAUUUUGGAAACUCUGUCGUAUAAUAGUGGUUACGAUAAGCCAGAUAUGGAUGGCGCUUAUUGUGGAAAUAAUGGUUGUGUUAAUAUUCAUGGUGAACCAAUCCUUUAUUGUAACAUGAAUUUGAGCAAAGCAUACAGUAAACUAGUGGAUAAUCGUACUGCUUGUUCACUUUCAAAUGAUCCAGGCAGGUUUUUAUGUGGCUAUAUUUACUACAAAUCACUGGAAUAUUCACCUGAUCGAGUUGUUUUCGUACAUGUCCCAUGUGCAGCUAGAAUGUCUGUUGAAGAUACUGCUAUUUCACUUCUACAGAUUGUUCGUGAACUAACUGCUUUAAAAGGAGUUGUAAUUCCUUACACAUAAACUACUUAACAGCAAACUUCUUAAAAAUCUUAUUUCCUAUAAAUUUUUGUGAGUAAAUUAUUAGAAUUUCAAUUAACCUGCACGGUGGUCUUCUCUAUGCACUGAGAAAAGCUGAUUUCAUGUCAUUAUUUUUAUACUUAUUAUGCCUGCAUUCUUUUAUGCUCUGACGGCAUUAACAAAUCAUUAAAAUGAGCUCAAUUUUCUGUAUAGAAUAAUUUACUUUCAGGUAUAGAAAAAAUGAAUUUAUUUUCAGGUUUCUUAUUUUGCUUUAUUGACCUGAUUCUUAAAAACGAGAGAAAGUGUUUCAAAUUCAUGCUAACACUUAUAUAUAAUAAAUACUAAACAAGUCAUUAUCGAUAUAUAUUUUUUAACGAUUUCAUAUCUGUUAUAGUUUAAAAUAGUAACGACAAUCUCUCUGUUUCAAGAAACGCAAAAAAUAAAUGUUAAGGAGGUAUUGUUUUUACAGAGUGAUGUAUUUCAAUCGAAGAAGGGAUUCUAUAUAAAGUCUCUGAACCUAUCUUCAAGCUCUUAUUGUAUUUAACAUGUAUUUUAUAAUUCAUAUGCCAAGAAACUACUUAUUUCGACUUAUUAUACUGGCUGAGAGCGCUUAAACUGGAA